AUGGCAUGUAACGAUCCCUCACAUUCACAUACAGUCGACGAUGGCAUUGAGUAUUCAUUAAAUAGAUUUAUAGACACUGGUGUAAUUACUUGUUUAAAUGAAAAAGUAAAAAACUCUGUUCAAUCUAUAUUCAAAUCGUGGGAAGAUAGACAUGACACUAAAUAUUUUUUAGAAAGCUGUGAUGAUGAAGAAUUAAUUAUUAAUAUUCCAUUUGGCGCAGUGACACAAUUAAAGUCAAUUAUUAUUAUUGGUGGAGAUGGCGGAUCAGCUCCAAGCAAAUUAAAAGCAUAUACAAAUAAUAGUAAUAUUGAUUUUGGAAAUAUUGGUUCAUUUACAUGUGCUCAAGAAUGGAAUUUACAUGAAGAUUUCGAAGGUGCAAUUAGUUAUAGCUGCAAACCAACAAAAUUUAAUAAUAUGAACCAUCUUACACUUUAUUUCCCAACCAAUUUUGGCUCACCAACAACAAAAAUUUAUUAUAUUGGAUUAAAAGGCGUAUAUACAAAUGCUAGAAGAGAAAUUGUAAAUACAGUUUAUGAAGCAAAACCUCAAAUUUCAGAUCAUAAAGCCGAUUCCGGUGCCAAUUUUGUAUCUCGUGAUCUUAUGUAA